AUGGUUGAAGAUUACGACUCUAAGAAAAUAGGUAUAAACGAAGAAAACACAUUACGAAAUAAAGAAGAUAGAGAUUUGAUAGAAGACGACCAAUACGAAAAGUCAUCAGGAAUUCAAACUCAAAAUGAACCACAUGUUCGUCCAAUGAGAGGUGUUCAGCUUAUAGAGAAUGUUAAAGCAGCAAUGGAUGAUUCAAGAAGAGGUAAGAUUGUGAAAGCAAUUUACGGAACCUCUAUUCUUAUCUGUGCUUGGGCUGCUUCUCUAGACUCUUCCACUACUUACAGUUUACAGCCUCUAGCAACAUCUUCUUUUGGAGCUCAUUCAAGUUUGGCUACUAUAAAUAUUGCUAAUGGAAUCAUCGGUGCGGUAAGUAACCCUAUAUUAGCAAAGUUUUCUGACUUGAUUUCUAGAACUUUUAUUUAUAUCAUUUCAGUAUUUUUUUACACUAUUGGCUAUAUUAUCGCAGCUUCAAGUCAAACAGCUACCGCCUUCAUUGUUGGGUUAGGGUUAGCUACUGUUGGUAAAACUGGUGUGAAUUUUGUAAAUUCCCUUAUCGUCAUAGAUUUUACACCUUUAAAAUGGAGGGGAUUUGUCACUUCAAUUUUGGCAGCACCUUUCAUAAUUAAUUGUUGGUUCGCCGGUUUGAUCGUUGGCGAUUUGCAAGUGUCUAACUGGAAAUGGGGUUACGGGAUGUUUGCUAUAAUUAUUCCAGUUGUUUUGUCACCAGCAAUAAUGGUUAUGACUUAUUUUGAUAAAAAAGUCACUCCUACUGAUAGUUUUUCGUCUGGUAAGGCUGACACAAAGAAAGAGACACUUCACAAUAUUCUUUCAGUUAUCAAGCUAGGAUUAAUAGAAGUAGAUGCAUUUGGUUUGUUGUUAUUAGGUUUCGGAUUUGCGCUACUAUUAUUACCUUUUUCUCUUGCUGGCUCAGCUGAUGAUGGCUGGAAAAACCCUAGUUUAAUUGCAAUGAUGAUUGUGGGUGGUUUGUUGAUAAUAGUAUUUUUUACAUACGAAAUUUAUUAUGCACCGUUUCCUGCAAUGCCAAAAAGAAUUUUGAAUGUAACACUGGUUAUGUCCAUUAUAAUUGAUUUUUUCUAUUAUUUUGCUGGGUAUAUCGGAUUGCUUUAUUUUUCAUCCUAUGUUUUCGUUGUCAAAGAUUGGAGUUAUAAAAACUGGACGUAUUUUAACAAUGCUCUUACACUUGCUUUGUGUAUAUUUGGUGUCAUUGCAGGAGUUUUAUUUAGGAUCACUCGUAGGUAUAAAAUAUGGCAAUUAGUAGGGCUUGGAAUGAGAAUUAUUUCUUAUGGAAUAUUAAUACAAGGUAAAGGCUCCACUAUAGUAACUGGAGCAUUGAUUGCGCAUCCCAUAUUAGCAGGUGGUGGUGGUGGUUUUUCUGUUGUUGCAUCCGGUGUUGCUCUUCAAGCAUCUGUAGAACAUUCGCAGGUUGCCUUGGCCAUCGCUAUGUUGAACCUUUGGACUAGUAUUGGUGGUGCAAUUGGAGAAGCAGUUACUGGUGCUAUAUGGAAUGCUAAAAUGCCUGGUAGUUUGAGAAAACACUUAUCCUCAUCUGUAACUGAUGCACAAGUCGCAGAAUUGUUUGGAGAUAUUACAUUACUUCAUGAAUACCCUAUCGAGAGUGAAGUUAGACAAGGUGCAAUUGCCGCUUAUCAAGAGGUAAAUUACUAUUUCUUUUGUACUGCGCUAGGUUUGUCUUUUGUUCCAUUUAUUUGUGCCUUCUUUCAGACGAACUAUUUCCUUAACGAUCAACAGAAUGCAGUUGAUCAGGACUUAAUUGAUGAAAAAGAAAGAACAAGAGAUGCAUCCAAGAAUUGGAAAGAUAAAAUUGCAAGACUCCUUUGA